CUCCUAUUGGCUAUAGCAAAAAAUUUAGGCAUGAGUGCACUCUGUUACAACUAUAUGGUUGUCGUCAUACUGUCCAAAUUAAUCAGUUUAUUCAUGUUAUGCUACUACAACGGAAAGGUAUUCCAAGAGGGCCAGAAUACGAAACAUAUAUUACAAAAAAUUAGAGCACUGUCAUUGGAACAUCAAUUUGUAAUGUCGACAAACGCAUUCAUCCGUCAGAUCAAGGAAAAUAAACAGUACAAGAUUUGUGGUUUGAGCUCAUUGGAUAUGUCGUUUCCGAUUAAGAUUCUAGAGUACGUCGUAAAUUACAUAUUAGUGUUUGUACAAUUUCUUGGGUUCCAAGAGUAGAAUCUAAGAAAAAUAGUAAUAAUG